CGACGGGCCUGAGCGCGGCGCUGCCAUGGUGCUGCUGGAGAGCGAGCAGUUCCUGACGGAGCUGACGAGGCUCUUCCAGAAGUGCCGGUCGUCGGGCAGCGUGUUCAUCACCCUGAAGAAGUAUGACGGUCGGACAAAACCCGUUCCCCGGAAGGGCUACGCGGAGGGCUUCGAGCCGGCCGACAACAAGUGCCUGCUGCGAGCGACGGAUGGGAAGAAGAAGAUCAGCACUGUGGUGAGCUCCAAAGAAGUGAAUAAGUUCCAGAUGGCUUACUCCAAUCUGCUGAGAGCCAACAUGGACGGGCUGAAGAAACGGGACAAGAAGAGCAAAAACAAGAAGAGCAAAGCCACCCAGUGAGGGGCCCUGCCCUCUCCUGCUCAGCGUGUAGGAAUGGCAAAAUGGACUUCAGGGGCCGGGGUCCCCUCGCAGCUUGGGGUGGGGGGUGGGGGGUGGCACAGUUUGGGAGUAGGAGGGGGGAAAUCCGGUCUCUUCAUUCCAUCCCAGUGAAGGGGCUCACAGGUCGGGGGAGCUUGUGCUGGUCACACACGGGGCUGCAACACACCCCUGGCCCCCACGUUAUCAUGUCAUUAAAUUCCUCUAACCAUUA